AUGUUAUAUAAUAUAGUGGUAACAGUAGUUAUACUGUAUUUAACUGUUCAAGGGUUAAAUGGUGACGGGCUAUGGAAGGGCCGAUGCGGCAACCAAGGUGAACCGACCACCAAAAUAAUGGGCGGGUCACAUGCUUACAUGGGCGAGUGGCCCUGGAUGGUGCGCCUUUUAAGCUGUUCAGAUGGACACUGUUAUGGAUGCGGCGGUUCGUUGAUUAGCGACCAGUGGGUACUGACGGCCGCCCACUGCGUUGACCAAUGCGAGCGAAUUUACGCCAGUCUUGGUGAACAUAACAGGGAAGAUAGUGGCAACAAUGAAGUGCACCUUUCAAUCAUAGAGAAUAUCGUUCACAAAGACUACAACAAUAAAUCUUUAGCCAAUGAUAUCGCUCUUCUUAGAUUGAGCGAAUCACUAGAUCUGAGUGGUAGUCAUAAUCAUCUAGAGCCUAUUUGCCUGGAUAGCUCAAAAAUACGUGUCAACACAACAUGCGUGGCCACAGGUUGGGGUAGAACCGAGUUGACUGAUUCUCACAGCAUAUUGCAAAAAGUCGAAUUACCAAUCGCGGAUGAUGGAUUGUGUGUUAACAAAUGGGGAGGUCAAUAUCAAGCCAGUAAUCAAGUGUGCGCUGGCAUUCCUAACAAUAAUAAAGAUACCUGCCAUGGUGACAGUGGCGGACCCCUGGCCUGCAAACUCUACACCGGCCCCUGGAUGUUAAAUGGCAUAACGUCAUAUGGUAGCACUCAACAAGGUGCAAAGUGCAUUGCGCCGCCGAGCGUUUAUACCCGGGUUUCCGCUUAUUUACCAUGGAUUAAAGAGAUUAUGAUUGAGAAGAUUAAAGAGAGCAGAUUUGGCAACGCUAUAGCCAACCGUCACGUUUGGUGA